AUGGACAGCUACGAAUAUCUGACUGAGGGUUUCGACCCCAAGUCUCUGCGAAUCGCAGACCUGCGACGAAUCUUCGCACACCACGACAUUGAGUACAACGUCUCCGGCAAGAAGGCCGAGAUGAUCAGUGUCUUCAGAAACGAAAUCUCUCCGCGCGCAGCAGAGCUCUAUGCCAGGGAAAUCGCCACCCCUGGAGGCGAGGGCAUUGUCGACGCCGGAGCCCCUAAGAUCAAGAGCAAGAAGGAAGGGAAGGAGAAGAAGGAGAAGAAAGAGGACAAGGAAAAGACCACGCGAGCGCCCGCAAAACGACGGGUUACCUCGCGAAACAAGACCCCCGAACUUCAGGCUCCCGACGAGAUCCAGGUUAGACGGUCGCCCAGACGAUCUCCUUCCAAGCAGGAUAUUUCUCUUGAUCUGGACGAGGUUCUAGCCUCCCCCAAGAAGAAGAAGGCGUCUCUAGAUUCCCCCAAGAAGAAGGUUGGCCGACCACGAAAGAUCAAGGAGCCCUCUCCUGAACCCGAGUCUGAGGAGGAAGAAGAGGCUGAGGAGAUUAUUGAGCAGGUUAAGACUACACGAAAGCUGGAGCUGGACGAUAUCCCCGUCAUUGCUGCUCCCAAGCAGCAACGACAACCGUCCGGAUACGCUGUGGAUGACGAUGAGGUGGUUGAGAUGGAUGAACAGGAAGUCGCUGAGUUGAUUGCCCCCAUCGUAGACCAGUCGCCAAAAAAGUCGCCAAAGAAGAACAAGCGGCGGCUGUCACAGCCCGUGGUCGACCCUGAACGGUCCGACAAUGAAGAUGCCCGGCCGAAAAAGAAAAAGCUGUCCAAGGAGGAAAAGGAGGCUAAGGCGCUGCGAAAGGAAAAGAAGCGAAAGGAAAAAGAGGCUCUGGCCCGAAAGGUGUUCUCCUUUGAGGACGCCGAGACUGCCGAGAGCAAGCUGCUGGGCGAAGAGGACGAGGUUGCCGACUUUGAGUACAAGAAGGUCGACACUCCUCUCAAGGUCAAGAAGGAGGAGGACUCAGCAGACUCUCCCUUCACGUCUCAGAACGUUUUCCAGUCUGGAGGAACCCCCGACAAGAAGAGAAAGCGAAAGUCCGAAGUGGCCGAAAACAGUGCUCGAAAGGUCCGAAAGGCCGAGGAGGACGACGACUUCAAUGCCUCACUUGACCAGACCUUUGCCUCUGUUCCUGAAGCCUUUUCUGGUCUUGGAGGGGCUGCACAGAUUCCCUCUUUGUCCCCUCCUGCGUCGUUCUUCUCACAUCAACAACAGCCAACUACUGCCACUUCUCAGACUCCUUCGUCUUCGACGCAGUUUUCUUCUCCUCCCCAUUCCACCUCCAACUCUCGAAUCAACCGGUUCAUGUUCUCUUCCCCCGAGGAGCGAGAUGACGAGAACGUGAAUGUGGUGAGCUCCACCCCUCCCUUGCCUGUGGCCUCUUCUUCCCAAAACACCCGCCAGUCGUUCAUGCCUGGUUUGGACGAGCUCAACCUAAGCAGCAAGUUUGCUGAGGAGCUCCGAAAGCAAAAGGAAGAAGAGCUCAAUGACGACGACGACGAGGAAGAGGAGGUUGAUGUCAAGUCCAAGGGCAAGGAGACAACGAGUAUCACCAAGACCAAGACAAAAAACAAGCCUGUGGUUUUCAAGGCCAAGAAGCCGUCCGUCUUGUCCAAGAUUGACUUCAAGGCUGUCAUUUUCAACCUUCUCAAGCUUGUGACAAUUGGUGCUCUCAUCUCUGGUCUCGUGAUAGCUGGUGGCUGGUAUCGAAAGGAGAAGUUUGCCGUUGGAUACUGUGGCACCGGUGAGCAUGCCCAGGCUCUAUCAAAGUAUGACGAGUUCAUUGAAUUCUGGAAGGAGGUUCUUCCUCCCUGCACACCUUGUCCCGAAAAUGCCGAGUGCUAUCGGGGCUUUGAGCUCGAGUGCCACGAGGGCUUUGUUGCUGAGGCUCACCCUCUCUCUUUCAACGGCUUCCUGCCUCUCCCCCCCAAGUGUGUCUACGAUACCCGAAUUGUUUCUGUUGCCCAGCAGGUGCUCGACUACUUGCGGCUGCAGAACUCCUACGCCGAGUGCGGCUCUCCCGAGUCUGAGGCCACCGGCUUCGACGUCCAGGUGAAGACCGAGUUUACCUACGACGAACUGUACGACUAUGGACGAAAGAACGUGCAUGCCUUUGACGACAAGGUGUGGGCACAGGCCAUGAAGGCCGUCGGUGAGCAGGAAGAUAUUAUUAUCGGAUCAAUUCGUAUCAGUGAAUCCCAAAGAGCAACGCGAUUGGUUGAAGGAGAACCGGAAGUCUACUACGAGGACGUCGUGGUUGCACAGGAGACGUACAAGUCAAUCUCCGACGCCUACUUCACUCUCCGAUGCAAGUGCGACAAGUUUGUUCGAGGAUGGCUGGCUCAAAAUCAGUUCUAUAUUCUCGGGGUUUUGAUUGCCGCUUCCGCUGCUAUUGUUGGAAAGGAAUGGUAUAACCAGCGAAAGCGAGAGCAGCAGCAUGUGUCUGAGCUUGUCAAUCAGGUCAACGAAAUGAUGAUGACCCAGGCACGGGAACAUGACGCUGACUCUACUGGCCUUAAACAACCCCGAUUCCUUCCUGUGCCCCAACUUAGAGACGAGCUGCUGGUAGACACCGCCACUUCCAAGCGAAAGGCUUCGCUGUGGAAGAAGGUGGCUGACACCGUUGAGCAGAACGCCAACGUGGAGUCUCAGACCAAGGAGGUCCGAGGAGAGGUUACCCGAGUGUGGGAGUGGGUUGGAAAUUUGAACUAG